UGAGGGGCUGCUCCGGGCCGGGCGCGCCGCUCCCGCAGCUUCCCGGAGGUACCCACAGGUUGGCACCCCGGGUACGGGCGCUGUCCCCACAGAGUGGUGUGGCUGUGCUGGGGGUGCCACCUUGCUCCGUGGGAGCCCUGGUCCUGAGCUGACUCUCCUUGCUGCAGAGGAACCCAAAGGACACUGGCUGGGGACACUCCCUGUCCUGGCUCCGGACGUGCAUCGCAUUAGUUUGGCAGGGCAAAGGUGCGGCUGGAUGACGGCUGAGGAUGUGCUAUGGAGCCGGGACUCAACUGCUCUGAGCUCUGCGAUGGCAGCUCCAGCUUUGGCAGCCAGGAGCAGCAGCAGCGGGCCCUGCAGGAGCUCUGCACUGUGACAGUGACAUCGUUUGACCACAGUAUGAAGAGCUCCCCAUCCUUCUCUGCUGGUCUCCUGGGAGUUGUGUGGACAUUCCUGACUGGAGGAGUCCUGCUAGCACUCUUCUUUUUCAUCUUCACUAUUCGCUUCAGGAAAAACAGGAUUGUGAAGAUGUCCAGCCCCAAUCUCAACAUUGUGACCCUGCUGGGCAGUGGCUUGACUUACACAAGUGCUUACCUCUUUGGGAUUCAGGAGCAGAGCCUGCCAUCUGGAGACUCAAUGGAAAAGCUAAUUCAGGUGAGGCUGUGCCUGCUGUGUGUGGGGACCUCGCUGGUGUUCGGGCCUGUGCUGGGGAAGAGCUGGAGGCUCUACAAGGUGUUCACCCAGCGGGUGCCCGACAAGCGCGUGAUUAUCAAAGACCUGCAGCUGCUGGCCAUGGUGGCAGCGCUGGUGCUGGCAGACACUGUCUUGCUCUUGACCUGGGUGUUCUCUGACCCAGUCCAGUGCUUCCGAAGCCUCAGCGUCUCCCUGCGGGCCACAGAGAAAGGCAUGACGUGCUCCGUGAGCCGGGUGCAGUCCUGUGCAUCGCUCUAUUCCGACCUUUGGCUCGUUCUCAUUUUAGGCUUUAAGAGUAUCCUCCUGCUGUAUGGGACCUACUUGGCCGGUCUGACCGACAACGUCAGCUCCUCUCCAGUGAACCAGUCCUUGACACUCAUCGUCGGGGUCAACCUGGUUUUCCUGGCUGCUGGUACCAUCUGCUUAGUUCACCGUUUCUUCCGUGCUUGGCACAAUCUGCUGUUUGGUUUUACCUCUGGAGGCAUCUUUGUGUGUACAACCACCAUCAACUGCUUCAUCUUUGUCCCACAGCUCAAGCAGUGGAAAGCCUUUGAAGAGGAAAGCCAAACCAUGAGCCACAUGGCAAAAUAUUUCACCAGCCCGAGCAGGAGCUGCCGCUCAGUGUACAGCGAGGAGCAGCUCUACCAGCUCAUAGGGGAGAAAAACUCUAUGAAGCGGCUGCUCACUGAGAAAAACGCCGUGAUCGAAAGCCUGCAGGAGCAAGUGAGCAGCGCCAAGGAGAAGCUGAUGAGGCUGAUGUCUGCAGAGAGCGGCUGUGACCCCCGUGUGCUGCCAGCAGCCGCCUGCACCUGGAGCUCAGGGCAGCCUGGGGAUGCACCAGGGGACUGCUGCCCCCCGGAUCCAGGGAGGGAUGGGUGGCAGCCCCCCUGCUUGCUGGGUACGUCACCUCCUGGCAGCAAUGCUCAGGCCCUCCAGAAAGAUGCAACCCAGGAGCCUGUUUGUACUCAGGUGCUGCUUUUUAAUGGAGGGGAUAGCAUUGAACGUGGCCUGAAAGAUCUCCAGGAGUGUGGGACACCUGCAGUGCAGGAGCAGCCUCCGGUGCAGCUGCCAGGCCAGGACAAUUCAGCUGGUGUAGCCUGGGAGUCGUCCCCUAAAAUCAGCUAUGUAAACAGCGAGAAGCUGUGGGAAGUCUUGCAAGAGUUAAGCCUGGAUGGCAAAAACCACAGCCCAGCCUUAUCUGCAGGAUCCCCACUCGGCAACCGGGGCACCUCAGGCGAGCAGGGAGAAACACGGGCGGGCCAGGAGGGCUACCCAGGCAUCCACACAGCCCUCAGCCCCUACCUGGCAAGGCUUCAACGGAGGAUCCCGUUGCCCCCUGCCUCCACACGCUUCCCUGGACACGUAUCCCCUCGUGCCAGCUGCAGGCUGAAGGAGGUGUGCAGCUGGGGCCGUGAGGAGUCAGCACAAAACUCCCUGGGAAAGGGAGGGGACACGGCUGGCAGAGAGCUCCUUCACGGCCCGGCACCAUCCCCUGCAGCCAUCCCGAGGGAGGCCAGCCUCCAGCCAGAGGGGUGGCAGGGAUGGCCCAGGGUGCCUCAGGGGUGCCAGCGUGCCUCACCGAGCAUCCCGCAGGAGCGGCGGCGGCGGCAGGGCACGCCCAGGGGCCCCGCGGAGCCCUCCCUGCGCUCGCUGUACUAUUACCCAGACUCUGACUCCAGCAGCAGCAGCAGCAGCUCUGAGGACGUGUUUCAUGGCUGCCACCGACCCUGCUGCGAGGUUUGCUUCCAGAGCCCUCGUGGCUCCCUGGACAGCAGCAGCACGGACACGGACACAGAGCCCAGUGACUGUGAGGAUCACCAGACAGAGCACCACGGCGGGCCCCAGCCUGUGGUGAAUUUCAAAGAGGAUCUGAAACCCACUUUCGUGUGACUGGGAGCACCCCUGCUCCAAAGGCAAGUGCCCUCCCAACCCCAAAACACUGCGUGUUCUCUGCAAUGCUAAAGCCACACAUCCCUCUGGGGAAUGUGCCUUGUUCUGGAAUGUGGGGAUUUGCCCCAUUCUGAUCUGCAGUGUCGGCCGUGCCUGCAGCCUGAGUUUGGCUGAGAGGGGCUUGGCAGCACUCGGGGAGGUGGCAGUGGCCUUGUCCUGGCUGCUCUGGGCAGCAGCCUGUGUCCCACGUGUAGCAGCAGUUCUGUCCAUCCUGGUGCAGCAGUGCAGAAACCGGGUCUGGGGGUGUGUGAGAGCCCAAACUUCAUCUCCUCAGAGAGCUUUCCCUGUGAGACCUGCGUGAUUUGCUCUGGCAGGGAGCAGCAUCCUGCCUCAGAAACAACCGUGGCUUCUUGCACACCUCUCCAUAUGGACCGACAGGAGACUCCUUCCCCUGAGGCUGCCCAGGCAGAGCAUCCCCCUGGCAUCACCCCAGCUGGGGAUGGGAGACGGAUGCCAAAAGCAGCUGCAGAUGGCCCUGCACUUGGGGUGUGCUGCUUCCAGGCAAAACAAGGACUUUGGAAGGGGGGGUGCACAGCAAACUUUUGGGUUUUGGUGGGGUUUUUUUUUGUAGCAUCUGAACAGGAAAAUGGAGUCCAAAGGUGAUGUCUGUGGAGGUGUCUUUGCAUUUUGUGUUCUUCAGGUGCAUCGCUGUAGGUGAGACUCAGGUCAGAGCUGAAGGGAAAGACAAGCUAGCCAUUGUAAAGGAUGAUCUGAAAAGGGGUUUCUUUUUUUACCUUGAUUUCUGGAUCUUGUGCCCUUCUGUCUAUCUUUGUAUGGAUGAUAUAGUCUGGAAUAAGGUUUGUUUAAGUUAAUAUGCUCUGUUUAAUUUUUAUCUUAGAAACACCAAGAACAGUAAAUCCAGUGUGUGUGCCUUUUUGGGAUAUUUAUCGUGGCAUUUGAGCUUAUCAUUGCUUCCACAGGAGUUCAGGAUGCUGAGACCUGAUGCCCAGUGCAAUAUAAACCUUCUGGAGAAGGGCUUGAUUAAAAAAGCAGGUGUCAAGAGGAAUCCCAGAGCUGCUUUUGAACAAAGCAUGUUAGCACUGCCCUCUCCAUUACCCAAAUGAUGGUGAAAUCCCUCACUUCUCUCUCUUCACUGGUGUCACCUUUUUUUCCCCUGUUGCCUCUGCAGUUUUCCAAGCUUGCAUGUAGGGCAAAUCAUCAAACUCAGUAAUCUUAUGAGGAACUAUAUUCCCACAGGCCCUGUUUGCUUUUAAAAUGGAAACCCCAGACAGAGUGUAAUCCUUUUUUUUUUUUUUUUUUUUUUUUUUAAUGGUCACUUUUUUGCUAAUAGAAACCAUUCUCUUUCAGUUUUGUCUGAGCACUUGUGGCUCUGGCGUGGGAGAAGUGCACUGACUGGAGAGUCCCCUGCGUGUGCAGGGCGAACCCGGGGCCGGCGGCUCCCUGCAGUGGGACUCGGGAUCUCCUCGGGAUCUCUGUGCCCGUGCCCUGCAGCCGCCUGCAGUUCUGCAGCGCUCGCAGCAGGUGCUGCUGCUGCCACGCCGGGCGUGCCGGCAAACACCAAGGACAUCCACGGCAUCGCCGCGCUGGGACAAGGGGGGGAGACAAGCACGCUCCAGGGACCCUGUUAAAUGUGGGUCAAAACCUCUCCCCACCCCCAAACGUGUUUAGAAUAACACUUUGCUCUGGGGCUGGGGAACACUGCAGCGCAGUUAAAGGAAAAGAUCAACCAUGAACCCACCGGGAAGCGGCUGAUAUAAAAAUUAACUUUAAAUCCACUAGUGAAUGCAGAAAAACUCUCCAGAGGACUUUGAACCUAGGGUUUGUUUGGAAACUCACUGCUGGAAUUUGAGGUCGUUGCUUUUCUGUGCAGUGACCAGCAGCCACCACCUGAGAACUGCAUAGCCCGUGAAUGCACCUACUCAGAAGGCCAAGAGCCCUGUGGUUUGUGUCAUAAAUAGUGUGCCCAGCAGGACCAGGCAGUGAUCAUCCCCCUGUAUUCAGCACUGCUGAGGUCACAGCUCUAAUCUUGUGUUCAGUUUUGGGCCCUUUUCUUGCUGACUGCUGUUUAGGGGAAGGGUCACGUCAGAGCCAGGAUGAGAUCUCUCUCCAUGCCUGCUUGGUGGGCCUUGGCAAGAGGCAGGAAGGUAAGGAAGCCCUGAGGCUCUUGUGCCACAACCAUCUGACAUAGCUCAGUCUGCCUCUGUUACCCCCUCAGCUUGCCACUGCUUAGGAAAUAAAAAAAUUGAUUGUGAUUCAGCUGCCAAUUAAAAAAAAAUAAUAAAAGAGAGGAAAAAAUAUGAAAAGAGCUUUGUUAGCUAUGGCAGAGAGGGAUUAUGACAGGCUCUCUGGCAUGGGAGUGCUCACCAUUGGUGUGGAGGUUUCCCCACUGCCUCCUGUUGGCAUUAGCAGCUGGGAUCUCUGGGAACUUCU